CAUGAAGGUGGCAGAUGCCUACCUGCAGGAAAGCCAGGGCAGAAAGAUCUGGACCUAAAAGCAACCCUUUCAGGAUUAUCCUAUUCUAACCUUGGGGUUGUGACAGAGUAUGGAUCCAUGACCCUUGAACAGACCACAUUAAGGACAGGCAUUGGACACUGCCUCCUGGAGAGCUUCAAUUGUAUCCUAGCUUCUUUUUUCUCCCCAGUACAACCCUCCAGGUGAUUCUUGUCACUGAGAAGAGCCUUUGAAGGCGUUUAUUACAUUUUUUGUAUGUCAUCGCAUAACGGGAGAGGAACUUAUCCCCACAUCCCUCCAUUAUAUCUUGAUGAAUAUGCCACAGAAUCGUUUGUGGAUAAAAAAGGAACUGAGAGUCUUGGGGACCAUACAACUAAUGACAAGCCUGAUUAUACAGAGCCUAGGAUACUUCUGGACAUACCUGUUCUUUUCUCAAAGUAUUGUAUUUGGACUGGGAAGUAAUUAUCCUCCCAUCAUAGGAACUUCAGGAUACACACUUUGGGCCUCCUUGCUUUUUAGCCUAUCAGGAAGUUUAUCAAUAAUACUACAGAAGAGACCUUCAAAUCAUACGCUGAUCUGGACCAUGACAAUGAAUAUCCUAAGCAUCUUCGCAACACUAGUUGGUUUGUUUUUAACAACAGUUGAAAUGAUAGUGACUUCAAGUAUAUAUUCUUCCCUGUGGCAAUAUAAGAGUGGCAGGGUGCUUACAGAAUAUCUGUUCCUGUUCAGCAUGUUGGAGUUGUUCAUGGCAUCCAUAGUAACUGAGUGGACCUAUAGAGCAAGACAAAUAGAAUAAAACAGUUGACUGGUAUUAUCGAUGUUGCCCUUGUCCUUAGUGUUAUGAGGAGUAUCACGGCCUCAGUCAAGGAGUUGAUGAGUGAAGAACUUUGUUCAAGAGACACCUUGGAAAGUGGUAUUUUAUCAAGUCUUCCUCAGCAUUUCAUCUCCUGCAUUUCAUUAAUAAAAACUGA